AAUGUCUCAAUAAAGAGGCAUCUGAAUGCAAAAUCACUCAUCGACAAAGGUGAAACGGUCCUGGAAGGAAAUUCCAAAAAUUGACGGGGAUUCUUCUUACAAAUUUCAGCUCAUUUGCUUGAAGAACAACCGAGGAAUGGACAAAGGAGACCAACAGUCUGGUGGUGAACCCAAGAAACCCAUGACUACUAAAGAUGCCGCCCGUAUCCAGAGUUCUUAUGCAAAACAACAUGGUGGCGAAGUUGAUGAAGGAAGCUUCCCGGCACGCGCUCAGGCCGCUGCAGCUAAGAAUGAAAAUAACAAGAAAGAAGGAGAGAGUGAACAGCCUGGUGAAGACGGCAAGAAUACCAAGUGACUAUUAUAGGACUUGUGAAAAAGAAAAUAUAGGAGAAUGCUUCUAGCUUAGAAAUUUGUAAUUAUCGGCUCUUGUCGCCAAACUGUUUUGCAGUCGAAUUGGA